GCACCAAGCGUGAGAUACAUGUUGUGAUUAAAGGACUCUAAAAAACAAAAUGUCAGAGCAAACGAUAACAGUGACAGUUGCAUACGGAUCUACUAAGCACAGCAUCACAUUAACUGGUGAGGAUGAAGGCAAGGGCCCCAUUGUCAAGGACCUCUCAGAUGCUCUCGCCAAAGCUACUGGAGUUCCUCAAACCUCACAGAAACUCAUUUUUAAAGGGAAAUCGCUGAAAGACGUGGAGGAGAGUCUGUCCAGCUAUGGAAUAAAAGAAGGCUGCAAGCUCAUGCUGAUUGGGAAACGGAACAGUCCCGAAGAAGAUGGUGAGCUGAAGAAGCUGAAAGACAUUGAGAAAUCUGUGGAACAGAUGGCUACAAAGCUGGAGAAGGUUGACGGGGAGUUGACUGGAAUCAAGAAUGGCUUCCUGGCCAAAGACCUGCAGGCAGAGGCGUUGAGUAAACUAAACCACAGAGUGAAAAUAGCAGCGGAACAGUUCAUGAAGAACCUGGAGCAGAUUGAUGCCAUGAGUCUCCCAGACAAUUUUAAUGGCUGCAAAAUGAAGAAAAAGGGACUUAUAAAGACUGUGCAGGACUUCCUGGCCCAGUGUGACAAGAUCGAGGCUUGUAUAUCAGACCACCAAUCAAAGAUCCAGUCGAAAAAUCUUGCCCUGCCGUAGUCCCAAAGUUUCCCAUAAUGUGUGCUAUACAUUGCUCUGUGAGCAACUGCAAAGUGUACAGAAAGUGUCAAGUGUGGAGUCGAUCCAUGUCUAUUUAUUGUUGGGUUGAUGUGUAGGAGAGAUCCCUCAUCACAGAGAAUCCUGUGAACAGAAGGAGGCUGGUUAUUGGUGCUGAUGCUGGGUUCAUCUGGGAUACAUCCUCUGGGUUAAAGAGAUAUGAAAUUUCUCCAGGUGCUUUGAUUUGUGGCAAAUUAUGUAAAUUAUGUAUCUUAAAGCAUCCUAAAAUAGUGCUGAAUAGAACUGCAGAGUUCACAUUUCAGAAUACUAACAUUCUCUGGUUAAUCACCCAGUAUUGCACAAAGUGCACAAUAAAUAGAGACACACUUUUCUUCUCAUUGUGACGUGUUCCAUGCGACACUUUGUACACGCAUGGCCAAAAGAUGACAUAAGCAUUAAUCUGCUGCCACUUCACGCUCCUCUGGGGAGGAUUUCCCACUGGAUUGGCUCUUAAUUCGGCUGCCAGGUCAUCAGUGAGGUCAGACACUGAUGCUGGGAAAUAAGAACGUUUCAGUUCACCCCAAAGAUGUUGGUUGAGGUCAUCACCAAACUGGAGGAACAUUUUGUUGUUGUUGCAUGGACCUAUAUCUGCACACAGGCAUGUUCAUGCUUUAACAGGAAAAGGGCCAUCGUCAAUUAUUGUCUAGUAUACCGUUGUCAUAAUGAGAACUAAGGGACCAACCCAAAACUAGAAACAUUUGUUGAUUGAAAUCAACACAAUUGGCAACUAUUAUAAUCAUUUAAUGGUUAGUCAGUUAAGCAAUUGUAAAACAAAGGAUUAAAUAUAUGAAUAAUAAACAGCUACCCUAGCUCACCAUUAUAAAUAGAAAAGGUACACAAUGCUGUCCACAAACCUUUUGCCAUAUGUUGUGUAUUUAUUAUUCUACAUGGAGACUAAACGCCAAGCCAGCACCUUUUUCUUUAAUCCAGUGACUGAUGCAGUGUACCACGCAUCUUUGAAGUUAGUGUGAGCUGUGAAAUUGUUUUUGCUUUCAACCAUCACAUCUAUUUUCCUGUUUUUAAAUAAAGCCUCUGAAAAAUGAA